AUGGCCAAUCACGUGACCACACCCGAGCUGGCUAUGUUGCGGAGCCAAGCCAUGCUGAAGGAGUCAACCCCGAAAAAGGUCAGCCACCAACAGGAGAGGCCAUCUAAGAUUCUAACACUGCAGCAACAUGUCCCUCCAAUCGUUUCAUGCCUAUCCGGGGCCGUCGCCGGCGCCGUUGAGGCUGCAUGCACCUACCCUUUCGAGUUUGCCAAAACCCGACUGCAGCUUGGGUCCUCCCAAUGCGGGCCUCAGAUCUCCAACCCGGUAUCGAUGAUCAGGCAUCUCAUCGCCAGCGAGGGCGUGCGGAGUCUCUACGUUGGGUGCUCAACACUGAUGGCGGGCACCGCGCUCAAAGCGGGCGUGAGAUUCCUGUCGUUUGACGCCAUCAAGGCCGCCCUCUCCGACAAUGACGGUCGCUUAACAGUCUCGCGCUCCAUCCUCGCGGGCAUGUUCGCCGGCUGCGUAGAAAGUGUGACAGCCGUGACCCCUACGGAGAGGAUAAAAACCGCCAUGAUUGACGAUGCAAGGGGGGCCAAGAGAUAUCGUUCCGCCGCGCACGCAACUGGCCUGCUAGUUAAGGAGCAGGGCCUUAGUGGGUUGUACAAGGGCCUGGGGUCGACAACCAUGAAGCAGUGCGCCACAUCCGCCGUGAGGAUGGGCAGUUACAACACGAUGAAGCAGGCGUCACAGUCGUAUGGCUUGCCGCAGAACAGCGCCACGACGUUCGGGAUGGGGGCAUUGGCCGGGACCAUCACCGUCUACGCCAGCCAGCCUUUUGACACGAUCAAAAGCAGGACGCAGAGUGCCCGGGGGGCAAGCACAACGACGGCCGUCGCGAGUAUAUGGAGGGAUGGGGGCGUCAAGGGGUUCUGGAAGGGAAGCACGAUGAGGCUCGGCAGGCUUGUGUUUAGUGGUGGUAUUGUGUUUACUGUGUAUGAGAAGGUCUCGGGGAUACUGACACCGAUGAUGAGGUAG